AAAUCUGUCAGGGAAAUGGGCGACCUUGUGUAUCAAGUUAAAAAGCAUGUAACAGUGAAACCCAUUCACAGAACAACUUAAUUUCUUCUUCUCUUCCCAUUUGUUUUUCUUCUUCUUGUUUGAGUGAAUCAAAAGGACCGAGCACAAAAGACAAGAAAUUGGAGUCUCAGUUGGUGUCUGAUUCGGUCAAGAAGAAAUUUCUCUCUCUCUGUCUUUUUCUGGCGAAGUUUACAGUUCUGAAACUCAGUGUGUAGAAGCUUCUUCGCUUUUGAAAUCCGUACAAAACGGAGAAUAAUUAGGGUUUGGUUCUCUUAACUCAUAUCUGAGGAAGUUUGGCUUCGAUUCUUAAAAAGCAACUUCUUUAUAGAGAGACAAAGCUUCGUCAGGACAAUGAAGGUGCUAAUUUUUCUUGUUGCUUAAAGGCUCUUCAUUUUUAUUUCGAUAAUCAUGGAUGUCUUGUUUCUCGAUCUGUUUCUUUUUUCGAAUCAUUGGUCUUUGUUGGAGCAAUUUGCAGCAAAAGAUGCGUAUCAAACUGUCAGUGAAUAGUGAAAAAUGCAGGAAGAAGGCAAUGCAAGUAGCAGUUGCUGCAGAUGGUGUAACUUCAGUGGCCAUGGAAGGAGAAUUUCAGGAUGAGCUUGUGGUUGUUGGAGAUGGAGUGGAUUCAGCUUCUUUGAUUAUGGCCUUAAGGAAGAAAGCAUGUCAUGUCACUCUUGAGACUCUUGAAGAAGUGAAGAAGCCACAGGUCGAAGAGAAGUCUAUUACACCGCAUUGCUGCAUAGCUCAAUGUCCUGUGGUUAGCAAUGAGCAGCCAAGGCCUGAGGUUUAUAGAAUAGUGCAUGAUUCUUAUGGUCCAACCACUGGGUGCUUAGUUAUGUAA